AUGGCGCAGCAGCAGCUGCAGCAGCAGCUGCAGCAGCAGCUGCAGCCGGAGAGUCAGCAGCAGGGAUCGGAGCGGGGGUUGACAGCGAUGCUGCUGCAACAGCAGCAGCAGCAGCAGCAGCUUCUGUCUCCGCAGAGCGGUUUUGCUUCUCCUGUAACCCCUUCACAAAAGCCCUCAAGCGACUGUAGCGAAGAAGAUGACUCUCUGCCUUCUGCUGCUGCAGCAGCAGCAGCUGCUGCUGUCUUUGCUGCUGCUGCUGCCUGCGUUGCCUGCAACUGCCAACCAGAUAGCAGCAGCAGCAGCAGCAGCAAGUGCUCCUGCAGCUGUCAUGUGAAGGCAGAAGUACGCCUGCCCUUUGGAGCAGAGACCGUAGAGGAGGCUUUGGAAGCUGCAGCAGCAGCUGCUGCUGCAGCCCAGCAGCAGCGGCUGCAGCAGCUGCAGAAGCAUCAGCAGUACCAUCCGCAGCAGCAGCAGCAGCAGCAGCAGCAAAUGCUGCUGCUCGCUUCAACUCCAAAUGAUGCCCUAUCUUGGGAAGAGGAAGAGGCCCUGGUGGAUGCAGUCUGUCAGCUGCAGCAGCAGAAGCGGCUGCAGCAGCUGCUGCUGCAGCAGCAGCAGCAGGAUCUCUCUGCUGCAGCGCAGCAGGUGCUGCUGCAGAUCUUGAGAAGAAGAAUUGCUCGUGCUGCUCCUCUUCAUCGGGUGCUGCCGCUAUGCCUGCAGUUUUCCAUCAUCAGAGACCCGCAGCUGCAGCUCCGCUUCGUCCGCGAAGUUCUGCAGCAGAUGCCGCUGCAGCAGCACCUUCCUCCUGCUGUUUACAUCCAGCGGCUUCUCAAGUGUCUGUACACCGCAGCUGAGUUGCUGCAGCUGCCCCUCACUGACGCAUUCUGUGACGCCGUAUUCGCGCUGAUGAAGCGGGAAGACGCUUCACAUUAUUCAUAUUUAUCUUUUCAAAUCUUAGACAGACCAGCGGAGCAGUACGUCACCUGCAGAGUGCACCUUGCUGCUGCUUGCUGCUGCGCGUCUCUGGGGAGCAGCAGGAGCAGCACGAACCUCGUCAGCAACAAGAGUUGCAGCAGCACGGACAGCAGCAGCAGCAGAAGCGAAGCACCACCAGCACUCGAUGCUGCUGCACCUGCUGCGCCUUGGCUUGCUGACCUCCUGGCAAGCAUCGAUCGGCAGCAGCAGCAGCAGCAGCAGCAGCAAGAACAAGGAGAGGACGAAGACGAGCUGUCAGAGCAGCAGCAAGACUUCAGCAGCAGCAUGAGUCUCAGCGGCAGCAGCAGCAGCGGGCGCAGCAAUGUGUGCAGCAGCUGCAGCAGCUGCAGCAGCUGCAGCAGCAAAGACAGGGUUUCAAUAUUAGAGAUAGGGUGCGGCAUAGGAUCUACUGCAGCAACUGCAGCACAACGGAUAGAAGACCUGAAGCUGUAUGCAGCAACAGAUAAAACCCCGUGUAUAGCAGCAAACUGCAGCAGCAAUCUUAGUCUCAAUGGCGUGUAUGUAUAUCCGGAGGCAGCCUUAGCAGUUGCUGCUACGGCUGCUGCUGCUGCUGCAGCAGAUAGCAACACAGAUGAAGACGAACAGCAAGACCUACAAGAAACCACCCCGUGCAACACCAGCAGCAGCAGCAGCAGCAGCAGCAACAGCAGCAGCUACGGGGCCGUUUGUACUGUCGGGUGUCUCGAUCUCACCAGCGUAGCAGCAGAUGCGCCGCAGAUCUCAGCUCAAGGUCUUGCUAUACUGCAGCAGCAGCAGCAACGGAAGCAGCAGGGCAUCAACAGCAGCAGCAGCCCCGGGGAGAGCAGCAGCAAGCCGUGCAGCAACUGCAGCAGCAGGGGGGUUCCUGCUGUAUUUCAAUUCAUUGCUGCUGCAGAUCUGCUGUUUGAUUUAAGUUUAAACGUCGCUCUAGCAGAUGCCCUUAAGUUUCUUCUGGCAUGCGGCGACUUGCAGCAGCAGCAGCAGCAACAGCAACAGCAGCAGCAGCAGCAGCAGCAGCCGCGGAGACUUUGCGUGCUGGCGUCAACUGUGAGGGACCCAACAACCCGAAGCCACUUCCUGGGGCUACUUGCUGAUCGUGGCUUGGCCUGCUAUCAGGACACUCGACCGGUGAAGGGGUUUUUGGCGUACGAGAGGAAAGCGGUUACGAUUGACCUCAUAUACUCGGUGGCCUGA